GGGGCAGCGCCUCCAAUCCGCUCGGCUCGGCUCUACACACAAGCAGGUGUAUGUUCAACAUGGCGUUUGCAAUGCCUAGCGCUGUGACUGCUGCUCCUACUACUCAGCAUCUCCUCACCCUCGCUGUCUGGGCACUUCUCAUCGGGAAAGGGGCUGCACAAGAGAUCGAAGCUGAUACACAGAAUCUGGUGACAGACAAUGUGGUGGUGGUGGAGGGUGAGGUGGCAACCAUCAGCUGUCGAGUGAAGAACAAUGACGAUUCCGUGAUCCAGCUGUUGAAUCCGAGUCGGCAAACUAUUUACUUCCGGGAAGUUCGACCUUUGAAAGACAACAGAUUUCAGCUGGUGAAUUUUUCGAGCAGCGAGUUAAGAGUCUCGUUGUCAAAUGUCUCUUUAGUAGAUGAAGGAAAAUAUGUCUGCCAGCUUUACACAGAUCCUCCCCAGGAAGCCUUUGCUACAAUUACAGUUCUUGUUCCACCAGAAACUCCGAUCAUAGACGCAAACAAGGAUGUCCUGAGAGAAGGGGAGGAGGUCGAAUUCACGUGCAGUACCGCAGGUAGCAAGCCAGCUGCUGAGAUCAAGUGGCUGAAAGGCGAUGAAGAGAUACAAGAGAGUGCAGGUAACGUGGAAGAGGACCCUAGGGAAGAGAAAUUGUUCAAUGUCACAAGUCGGCUGGUGCUGAAAGUGAGUCGCCUGGAUGAUGGAUUACCUGUUACCUGUCAGGUAGAGCAUCCAGCAGUGAAGGACCUUCAGACGAUGAAGGAUUUGCAAGCACAAAGAUAUUUGGAUGUACAAUAUAAGCCCCAAGUGCAGAUCACAAUGAGCCAGCCACAAGGUUUGACAAGAGAAGGGGACACUCUAGAAUUGAUUUGCACAGCCAGUGGGAAACCACAGCCCAAUCUCCUAUGGAAACGAGUGGAUGAGGAAAUGCCUGAUCGGGCCAUUUUUACAGAGCCAAGGACUUUUCUCCUUGAGUCUCUAAACAAAACUGACAAUGGGACCUACCGCUGCAGUGCUUUCAAUGCUGUUGGAGAAUCAUUUGAAGAUUAUGUCUUGCAUGUCUAUGAUGCACCCACUACUACCCCACCUCCCACUACAACCACCACUACUACCACAACCAUCCCUACCAUCUUGGAAGCUACAUCGCCGACGACAGAACCAUCAGCUCACGACUCUAGAGCAGGCACAGAAGUUCCAAGGUCUGUAGACCAUGCUGUCAUCGGGGGAGUGGUUGCUGUGGUUGUAUUUGCCAUUCUGUGCCUGCUGAUUGUACUUGGCCGAUAUUUUGCAAGACACAAAGGUACAUAUUUCACACAUGAAGCCAAAGGAGCGGAUGAUGCAGCAGAUGCAGACACUGCCAUUAUUAAUGCAGAAGGCGGACAGAACAACUCUGAUGAAAAGAAAGAGUACUUCAUCUAAAUAGAGUGUGGUUACACUGAGGUGUCUGACUGUAGACAUGCAGUUGGUUUUAAGCAUGGUGGUCACGAUUGAGAUGCGUGUGUGUGUGUGCGCGUGUGUGGGGGGUUAGGGGUUAGGGUGGGGAACGAUGUUCAUGAGUCCAGUGAGUUCCACAGUUUGACACCUCUGUAAAUGCCAAGCCAGGCUUGGACUUAGUUUAGUUCUCUCAUUUGCAGAAAACUCUGUGCCUUGUUUUCCCUGCAAACGCUCCAGCCUUUGAAUUGCCAUUUGGAAGCUCCAUGGACUUACAAGCUCCCUUUCAUUUCUACACUUUAAAAGUAAUUUUGUUAACAUGCUCUCUCUGUCUGUGAGGGGUGAGCUGGUGUGGCAGUUCAAUUUCAGCAGAGGUACAUGGAUCGAGCAUUUUUCUGCAAGUGAGGCUUCUUGUGGCGAGAUCGACUCUAAUUUCAUUCUCUAUAUAUAAACUGUGCGAUGUAGGAUACCUCAAACUGUCUGGCUGUGUUCUGGGCAACUGACAACUUUCAACAACAACCCUAACCAGACCUGACAGCUGAGGUCUGUGCCUUUUAGCAAGUGGACAGUUUUGAGUUAUCACCGUGCGAACAAGCUUUGUUCCAGACAGCUCUUAUUUUAAAAGAUCUCAUCAGUCUUUCCCAAUUGGCCUUACUUCUCACUAAUUUGUUUGCCAAAAAAACUUGAAAGCUAUCUACAUUCAUGAUUCCCUGUCAGCGAAGUUAUUCCCCACCCACGACCCCCAAAAGAGGCAAGAUGAGCACUGCCCAGAGCAAGCGUUAAAUGUUACAUGUUAAAGUUCUGAAUUCAUGCAGUACAGUUUGGCUCAUAAACACUAGCAUGAUUUAAAAAGGCAUAUCCCUUUGUUCAUUGUGCAUGGUUUAUAUUCGAGAAUCUCUUCAAAUCAACCACUGCUUACAUGGACUGUGUGCAUAGAUCUGUUUUUAAAGAGCAGUGUAUUUUUUUUAAUCAAGCCAAUGAUGCAAGUGGUUAGUCCGUGUGCCAUUGUAUAAUGCUAUUUGUAUUCUAUUUAAAGAUUUAAUUAAAAUUAAUCAAACACUGUACAGGAGGCUGUAGUAUUUAAUGGAAGUUCUGUGUGUAUCCUGCAUUUUACAUUGAUUCUGUGUUUGCCAUCAAAAAGGGAUAGUGCCUCUUUAAAGAAAAGUGGAAGCUGCCUUAAAACAAAUUACCUUUUUGUUUUUAGCAUAAACAUUUUCUUCUCUGCAAUGAAUGCUUCUUUGUUUUGCAGAGGAGAUCAGAUUCUGUUCAAGUCUCCCGUUACUGCUUUAGUUGAAAAUUGUGAAGAAAUUAUUUGCAAAUUCUGAUAAUGGCAUUUCACAGUUCUGACGUGAAGGUAAAACUUUUAGGCAGUUGUUAAAAUUAUUACCAGCUAAACUGUUGAGCUCAAUUGUAGAUAGAGGUUAAUGAAUAUUAACUUAUUGAUGGGAAGCAAAAUUUCUUCUCCUGAUUGCCAAUAAGAUACACGGCCCAAUUCUGACGUGACAUAGCUUUACCUGAAGAGUGUUCAUUUAAGGUUAUUUUAAAAUUUUUGGUUUGUUUUAAGAUUUUUUUUAAUGGAUGAACGUUAUAAAGUGCGAAACACUAUCAUACCUUUAAGAGGAAAAUGGAACAGGAAUGGUAACGGUGAGUUGCCCUCAAUCUUCCUAAUGGAACUUGAGCUAACUGAGGGGUCUCCGAGGGGAGAAGAAAAUUGAGUACAGAAGGACGGAGGGACGUUAUCAAUGGGGGAGCGUUGUGCUUUACAUUCAAGGAUUCUUGUUGAACAUCCUCGUAGAGUUUGAAGAAAAUAACAAAACAAAUUGAGCAGCUUAAGUAUUGUGAUACAUAUACUUUAUAACCAAUGCUCCAAUCUCUCUACAGUUGCAUAAGUAAAAGGGUCACGAUAACAGUGAAGGGAAUGUGAUAACAUACUCAAGAAGUGAUUUACUGUGUCUCGUUGCUGUUUGACAUAGUUUCCCAGUCAUUUGAGUCAUUUUCUCCCACUCCGUUAGUUUAAAUUGUAUUAUAGUGUUAGCAGUGUUACUGAAGUAGGCCUUUCUAUUAAAAAAAAAUUGAACAAAUUUGUCAUGUCUCAGGAAUAUGUGUUCUGAUAGGCUUUUGCAUCUCGGGCAGAAUGCAAAUAAUAUGCCCCCCACACAUUGAAAAAAAACGUGGCAAAUUCAGUUUUAGUUGUACAUGUUUUUGUGUGAACCCUCUUUUUUUUCCAAAUGCAGUGCACUGUUUUACUUGUAAAAUGUAUUACUUUGUAUAGAGUUAGUUCAAAUGAAUUGGGUUUUUGUCACGUGCGAAACAAGUAUUGUGCAAAAUUGGUUAUAUAAAAAAAAGCAUUGAAGUUGAAGAUUCUUGCUGUGUUUAUAUGCCCAAUAGGUUUGAUCUUUAGGCACUGAAGCUGUUUGCUUAGACCAUCUCUUAUUUCUGGUGUACAUGGGCAAUUUUGUGUAUUGAUAGAAUCUCUCAUAUGUUCCCACACCAUUUUUUUUGUAUCAGUUCAUGUAUGCCAUUUUUACAGGAAAAAAAAUUACAAAAAACUACUGAAGCGUUCUUGUCUUCUUAAUAAAAAAAAG